AUGGGGAAAUGCUCCCGAUGUUCAAAGAAAAAUCUUGAAUGUCAUUAUGAUACAGUGGAUAGGAGAAGAAGAUCUGAAAAUCAACAAAUUCAAACCGAUGCAAAUAGUAGUGGAAAUGACAGUUCAAAUCAAUCACUUUCGGAAUAUUCCGAUGAUCAUCAGCUUAUCAAACACUCUGUGAAUGGUAAAACCAUUGAAGUUUACAUUUACGUUACCAGUAUGGGAAUUCCUUGUUUUAAACCUGAAGAAUAUUACAAAUUGUUACAAUGCAAUAUGGAAGAAUUAAAUAAGAAUCGAAGAGAUCAACUAGCUCUAUUACUUUCUAUCCAAACUAUUUGUGAACAGAUAUUUGGAUUCCCUGAUUUGGCUGAACAAACUGCCAGAAAAUGUAAAAAGGUUGUCAUGCAUUUGUAUGAUGAUUUUUCAAAUCCAUUUGUGGCUUGCACUUUUUUGAAUAUGGCCACAUAUUAUUCAGCUGAAGGAGAUAUUGAGAUGGCCAGAGGUUACAUUGCUUUGGUGGAAAAUUUUAUUGAUAGAAUGAAACUGACCUCACAAUUAUUCGAAUAUGAACUAAUUCCUAAAUUUAACAUUGAAUUUUGCAUAACUUCAAUGAAAAUUGUUACUCCCAUAACGUCUUUGGCAUGCUGUGAUUCCUAUCCAAUACCUGACGUUCCAAUUCUCACGAAAAUCUUUGGACUCCUCUCAUCAAUGCACGUUUUUCAUCCAAGUUAUGAAAUUGAAUUUUGGAAUAAUAAUUUGAGUCCUACCAUUGAGAAUAGAAUUAAUAAUUUGGAGAUUUUCUCAGUCCUUGCCGCCAUAUAUGAGAACAAGUUGACAGAUGUUUCAAAGAAAUUAAUGGAAGUCACCAAGGAAGUCUUCUUCAAUGGAUUGAAUAUUAUACGACUGAUAUUGCAUGCCAGUAAGAUUGAUAAUUCUAAAUUGUACGCAAAUACUAGAUUAUUGGAAUUCUAUGCAUUGAAAGUGAGCAAAUUAUCAGAGAAUAAUCUCUUCAUUUACAUGACUCCAUAUGUCAUGUCAUUUGUUCUGUCAUCCAUUAAGGUAAACUUUGAAGUUUGUAAAAUGAUUGAUCGAGGAGAAAGAGUAAAUUUACAGACCACACUCGUAUUGAAUAAUGAAAUGUUUGAAAAUUCGACUGAAGUUGUGGAUUACUAUUCAGUGCUGAAUAGAGAUUUGGAAACACUCAAACAACUUUCAAAGAGAUACAGAUAUAUCACCACUAUUUAUAAUGAAGUGAAUACAUUCUUGAAUAAUAGAGCUAACAUGUGUCAAUCGAACAUUCAGUUGGAUGGGUUGACUUCCUCUCCUGGAAGUUUGAGUUCACUAUUUGAUCCACCUUCUAACAUUUACUCAGAGAUGAGGAAUUUCUUAUCAACCUUUGGAAAAUCCAGGAAUUUACUCAAAACAACAGAUCAAGAAAAACCAAUUUGUGACAGAAUUACUACUGAGGAAGAGUUUUGUAAUUAUUUUGGAUUUGAACCAGCAAUGGAUGAUCAAUUUCCACCAAACAAUAGAUAA